AUGUCUAACGAAAUCACUCAAGUUUACCCCAAACCUGUUCAAGCCAAAGAUCUCGUCGACGCUGAGGUAGCUCAAGGUGGAUUUGGAUACGAUGAAUAUCCACCUUCCGGGAAAGACGUCGCGAAUAUCCCAGCGGACUCUUACGAUGUUGAUCCCUUCAGUGCUCAGCGGGAGGAGAACGCAGAGGAUUACGUAGAUUUCAGAUCGAUGGGUUGGGUCCAAGCUGGUUUGGUAGCUACUGCCGAGAACAUCGCUUUGGGUGCUCUUUCAUACCCUUCCAUCUUCUUACGACUCGGUAUGGUAGGAGGUCUCAUCGCCAACAUCGGUCUGGGUGUUCUCGCCUAUAUCACAGCUUGGAUCAUGAUUGAUUUCAAGAUGAAUCACAUGGGUGUUAUGCAUUUCGCGGAUGCCGGUGGUUUGCUGUUCGGUAAAUGGGGUAGAAGAAUCCUAGGUGCUGGUAUGGUAGCUAAAAGUAUCGGUCUUGGUGGAUCCCACGUCUUAGCUGGUAAACAAGCUCUCAACACCCUCAGUACCAACGCGAUCUGUAGUGUUUGGUUUGCGCUGAUCAUCAUGAUCGUCAGCGUUCUUAUGUCAACCAAUCGAGAAUUUGGUAAACUCGCUCCUCUUUCUUGGUUAUCUGUCUCUUGUAUCUUGAUCGCUUGUAUGAUCACCAUCGUUGCUACUGGUGUUCAAAGCCCAAGUGUCCUCGAGAAGAACGGUGUACCUAUCCAGUGGCAUGCUGCUCCUACCAACCCUGAUUUGAUGGAUGUCAUCGGUGCUCUCACCAAUAUCGUGUUCGCUUACGGUGGUAACAUGGGUGUAUUCAGUUGGUGUUCUGAGAUGCGAAACCCUAAUGAUUUCAAGAAAUCUUUCCUCAUCACUCAAGCUGGUGGUAUUGUUGUGUAUUGUAUUGUCGGUGCUACCAUUUAUGCUUUCGGUGGUCAAUACGUCACCUCACCAGCAUUCACGAUGACCACCAAACCCGUCCGAAUCACCGCCUACGCAUUCGCCCUCGUUACAAUCCUCAUAUCAGGUAUCGUAGGUCUCAACGUCGGUGCCAAGUACCUCUACGUCAACACAUUCCGAAAAUCAAGAUUGCUCACUUCCAAGGGACUUCGAGCGAGACUCGCUUGGGUGGCUAUCAUCCUCGUUAUGUGGAUCGCCGCUUUCGUAUUGGCCGAAUUGAUCCCAUUCUUCAACCAACUUUUGACAAUCGUCUCUUCGUUGUUCAGCGUAUGGUUCUCAUAUGGUUUAUGCGGUGUCAUUUGGUUCUACAACAAACAUCCUUAUUUCGCUAAAGAUGGUGAAGUGAGGGAAAUGAGAGGGUUCUGGAGUUGGUUCUUCAUGGGUUGUGCGAUUCUUUCUAUCAUCCUCAGUAUCGCUAUCACCCCUCUGGGUCUUUACAGCGCUAUCGAAGGUAUCAAAGAAGGCUACUCUGCUGGUACUUUCACCCACCCUUUCUCAUGCUCAUAA